UAGAAUUUACUGAAAAGUCCACUUCGGCUUUCUACCCAGGGGGUGGGGGGCUGGGUGCCAGAGUAUUUGGCAAUGUGCUCGGUUCCCACCUCACAGGCUCAGGAAACGAAGAGGGUUAGAGUUGGGGUUCUGGCCGCACGGAGGCGGCUGGAGACCAGUCUGCACACAUCCUUCUGGAGAAACCUCCGAUUUCCUCCUGAGAGGGCACCCAGGUGAGUACCCUCAGGCUACAGUAACUUUUGGAUAUUCUAUCAUCAUCUGUUGGUCCUACAAGAGAAGCAAGACCUAGAGAGAGGAGAACCCAGGAUGAGGAAGUUUUGAUGAGACAGACAGAGACUUGGGAUUCUGGGGACUUCCCAGCCCAGGGGUGACUUGCAGCUGAGGUGACAGUUUACUGCAUGUGCCCGGUGACUCCUUGCCAGUUCUGCAGGGAUCAGCUCCCUGACUCCCCAAACCCUACCUGGUGGGUCCUAUCUCUCCCCUCCUUCUUUAUAGAUGAAGAAACAGACACAGUGAGGUUAACACCUCACUUAAAGUCACAAAGCCAGGAAACAGGGGAGCUGGGAUUCCAAGCCCAUUAGUCAGACACCAGAGCCUGAAGCCUCCUAACUGCUCUGUCUACACCUCGGGACACCCACAGACGAGGAGGAGGGCAGGGCUGCUCCAGGGUUCUAGGCCCCAGGGCCCGGUCCCCAGUAGGUGGCCCAGUGAUGAGUUAAACCGCGAGAUCGAGUGCUCUCAGAGACAACUCGUCUGUCUCACUGUCCCACGGGCUCACCUCAUGCCCCGACCUGGGCCUCGCCCUCCCCGCCCACAUUUCUCCUGAGUGUAAAAAUAGACCCCGUUUAUUUGCCUGUUUGAAGCCGGUCCUGGGUUCUGCCCCUCUCUUACCCAAAGUCCUUAUCUUCUUAUGCAAAUACCCAGGCUCCACUCAUAAAAGUAUCCGGAGAGAGAACAGCUCAUGGAAAAUUAUAGAAAUACAUUUCUUUGUAUUUGAAUAUUUCCAGGACUCUACGCUGGCAGCUCCCCGACUGGGUCAGACCCCAGCUUCCUCAGCCUUUCUCUGCCGUGGACUGCUUUGGUGCCCCGUGAAGCCAGGGACUUCUCAGCACAGUGCGGGCUGGCCUCAGGCCCUCGCCUUUCCUCUAAACCACAUGCAUCACACCCCUGGCGCCAGCCUUUGGAUGGUGAUGAACUUGUAACAAUAGUAAGAAAGAAAACAGUGACCGACAGGGAGCGCCGACUGUGUAUCAGUUGCUAUACCGCCACCACCACCACCGUCCAGGUUAUGGCUCCUCCUCAUCGCCUGUCAUUCCAGACACUAAGAACUUCACCCGUUUAACCUUCCUCACGGCAGCUCGUAGCCUUGUCCCUGUUUCAGAGAUGAAGACAUGGGAGCCCAGGAGACUUGUCAUUUGCUCCAGGUCACAUAACUGGUCAGCCAGAAUUGGAAGCAGGCAGUAUGGCUACAGCAUCUCUUUUCUUUUUUCUAGGUGGAGUGUUUUGUUGAAGUAGAUCACAUACCGGGAGGAGUGCACAAAUCGUGAGCGAGAGCCCACGAAUUUUCACAAAGUGAACACACUCGUCUCACCCACCCCUCAAAUCGAGAAACAGAACCCUGGCCACCAGCACCUGCAGCCCCUCGGCCCUGCCGGCCAUUACGUCGCCCUAACCCGUAUCCCGUCCAUCAGUUCUGCCUAUUUCAGAAUUCACGCAGAUGUUCCCUCAUUCUGAACCAUUACACUGUCGCAUCUCGUCCUCAUGAUGACCCUAGCAUCUAGAAAACGCAUCUCAAGUGGAAGGAGGACUCAAUCAGCACCGAAGUUCACCAAAACAUAAGUGGCGAGGGAAGGAAGCAUGCGUAGAAUUUAAACCCAUCGCUUUGCUAACAGUGGCAGGGCGUAGGCGUCAGUGUGAAAAGGACUGGAGGUUGGGCAAAGAGGUCACACCCAGGGGGACAGCUCAUCUGAGGGCUGGAAGUUGGGGAUCGCCUCCCUGCGUCUGGCUGCAGAGGUCCCCUCCUCCCCCGUCUCCCGCCAGCCACCAGCCCAGAGGUGACAAUAGGGCUCCUGUGUGCUGCUGGCGGUUGGGGCGGUAUGGACUCAGGCAAAUGAGCCGGAGCACACACAGAUAUAGAGGGCGCAGGGUCUGGGCUGUGCUUCCACUUCAGAGCUCAGCAGAAUGGAGGGCAGCCUAAAGCAGCUCAGCCUGGGGCCGGGGCCCGAGAGGGCAGGGAACAGCCAGGGGCUGGCUGAGCUGCAGGAGCUGGCCCUGAGGUGGUUCAUGGAGACGCAGGCCCCCCUCAUUCUGCAGGACGGAGCCCUGCCCUCCUGGUUUCACGGAUUCAUCACCCGCAAGCAGACGGAGCAGCUGCUCAGGGACAAAGCUCUUGGCUCCUUCCUCAUCCGCCUCAGUAACCGGGCCACUGGCUUCAUCCUGUCCUACAGGGGGGGCGACCGCUGCCGACAUUUCAUCAUCACCCAGCUCCAAGACCGGCGCUACCUCGUCUCAGGGGACAGCCACAGCCACAGCAGCCUGGCUGAGCUGGUGCGCCAUUACCAGGAGCCAGAGGACAAUGACGUGUACGACGCCAUCACCCUGGGCCCCCACCAGACCAACCCGGGCCACGAAAACCCACCUGCCACGGCAUCCCCCACAGGCGUCCCGGGAAAGGCGGCCAGCCCCUGCCCCCCUUCAAAGUCCCAGGUCUCCUUCCUCCACUUGAAGAAGAGUCAGGACGUGAGUCCCUGGAACCUGUCCCAGGAGGAGUGCAUGGAGGUCCCUAUCAGAGCACCCCCCCUCCCCGAGAGGAGUGGCUCUCUUCUGGACGAGUCUUUCGGAAGUGCUAACGACGUCAUCUAUACAGACCUGAGGAAGAUGAACCAGGCACGGCUAGGUCGGGGCACAGAGGUGUCCGGCAGGCUCGGGCCAGUUCCAGCGGGCAGCCAGGCCUGCUCCCCAGGCAAGGAGGCCCCAAAGAGGCUCCCUGAGGGAAGCCAGAACAGGCCCGGCGGCCCAGGGCCUGCCCUCUCUGGGGGGAGCCCAGACCAGGGCUCUACAGCAUCUCCUGCUUCCUGGGGCCCCAGUUCGGAGGCUCCAGGAUCCUCAGCUGCUACCUGGAGUCAGGGGUCUCCGAAGCUGAACCCUGGGACUCAGCCCUGCUCCCACGGCAGCUCUGCAGACACCUAUGAGCUCAUCGCGCAGGAGGCGGGGGACGGGCCAGACCAAGGAGAAGGCAGUACCUACGAGCAGAUCCCAGUCUGCUGUGGUGGCCCAGCCAGGCCCCCCAGUCCCGGGGCCAGUCCCACAUACAGCAAGCUCUUGGGGCCCACAGACUGUGGCUGUGAGAGGAGCUCGGGGGCCCCGGAGCCAAGGAACACUUAUGAACAAGUCACUGCAGCCAAGAGCAAGGCUGCUGGACGGACACAAAAGCCGGACAAGCUUCGGAGGCUCUUCUUCACGGACAAGAAGUACAGAUCCUGAGGGCGCAGGUUCCCGCAGCCCACACCGUGGGUUUCCCAGUACCAGAGCUGCGCCAGGAGACCCUCAGCUCCUGAAGGCGCUGUUGGCACCCUCAGACCCGCCCCCACCUGC